AUGUCUAGUGUUGAAGAAUUAAUCUCGGAUGGUGAGGAGGAAUGUGGCACAGAGCAGACAAGCCAAGUGUAUCUUGGAUUUGUGGAUACUGCAAUAAGAGAAUCCGAUGAGGUUUCUGUGGAGGAGUCAUUUAUAGGUGGAGAACCUGUUUGGUUACAUGCUGAUUCUCGGCCAGAUGAGAAACUUUUAAGUUGUAAAGCAUGCAAGUCUGUUGAAAAUAUGAAGUUAUUAUUACAGGCGUUUGCCCCGUUGGAUUCUCAACAAGUUUACGAAGUGUGCGAGAGGAGUGGGAUCGUGUUGAGCACCGAGGAAUUCAUUCGUGAUUCCGAUGAUCGUGUGUUAUAUGUGUUUAUUUGUAGUAAAUGUGCGCGGAAAGCUGGUUCGAUUGUGUGCAUUAGGGGUGUGAGAAGAAGGAGUAGCGACCCAUCCCGUGGGGCUCCAAAGCAAGUUGCGGCUGACGCUGGUAGGUCAGAUACGGUGGAUGAAGAAAAAGAGGUUGAAAACAACAAUAAUCCGUUUGCCUCGGUUGGGUUUGGGACAUUUGGAAAUCCUUUUAACCAAGAUGCUGAGAAAAAUCCAUUCAUGAAGAAGGAUUCGAGUGGUGAUGCGAAAGUUGUGGUGUCAGAGCAAGAAAUGAAGCCCAGUACUGCAAGAAAACUUCAUGAUGCACAGCCAUAUAAGAAAUUUGAUAAAGAGGUGGCAUUUCCUGGGUUUUUCCUCUAUGUCGAGGGCGAAUCCUUUAAAGGUCGGGUUCCGGAUCACUUGAAGUUACCCAAAAAUUUGAAGAUCGAUAAAAAUGCCCUGGAACUGUCAGCUGAUGAAGACGAGUUGAAAAACGGUCCCAUUAAGCUGGACCCCAGGACAGAGAAGUUAUCCAAAUUUUUAGACGAUGAUGUGUUUCAAAAGUUCCAAGAGGUUGUAGGGUAUAAUCCUCUGCAAGUAUUACGCUAUAACUAUGGCGGCAAGCCUUUAUACUAUGCUCGGACUGCAAAAAAGUUUGAAGAUGUAGUAGCUGCACCAAGUGCUAACCCAUCUUCACGCAGAAUAUAUGAGAUGCAGUUGAUGCCCAAGAUGAUAAUGGACUUGGAAGACGAGAUAUCAAUAGAAAGCGGGAUGGAAUGGGGGACGAUUAUGAUCUUCACUGAUGUUGAGAAUUAUGUCACUGAGUUUGAUAAAAACAACGUUGGGUACAUGGAAGAAUCAGUUGUAGUACAAUGGGAAACAAGUUAA